AUGUUUGAACCUGUGAGAGUAAAAUUUUUAUUGUCGUUAAUAAUCAUCGAAGUGGCUUGUGAGCAGAGGUUCCUGGAGACUCCGGUCUCCUAUCAGGAAGUUGGAAGCGGUGAGGACGUGGUCCUCACCUGCAGAGUCGACAACAAGAGGGGCCAGUGCAUAUGGCAGAAGGAUGGAAAACCCAUUGGCAUACAUCCGGAGAAAUACGAGUGGGCCAGUGUGCGGAGUAACAGUGUCAGCGAUGCUGACUGCAGUCUCCUCAUUAAGCGCGCCUCCCUCGAGUUCGACGACGGCUAUUGGGAGUGUCAGGUGUCACCUGGUGAUUUCACCAGGCAAGACGCCCUGACCUCCCUGCCGUCGCGGCUCUUAGUGAGAGUUAAACCGAGAAAACCUAGACUGGAGUAUGGGGGUGCAAUCCUGACGGGCGCUCUUACGCUUAAGGAGGCACAGGAGGUCACCAUUUCCUGUGUCUCUCGCUAUGGCAAUCCACCGGCACUUAUUAAAUGGUUCAUAGGGGGUGACGAGGUGGAACCGCUGAGGGAGCAGACUAAUGCCACCGAGGUGGACAGCCCGAAAACAUGGGCGGCGCACAGUCUUCUGAGGAUCCGAGGGCAACGGGAGAGUCACGGGAUGCCCAUCAGGUGCCUCAGUCUUCAUUCGUCGAGUCCACUGCCUGCCAUCGCCGAAUGUCGACUCGAUGUUCAUUAUUCUCCCGAGGUUCGCAUCGAGACAAGCCCCCGAGUACUAUCGUCCUCUCUUGAAGACUCCUCAAGUUUCAUGAGCAUCAAAUGUCUCGCUGACGCAAAUCCACCGGCGACCAUCAGGUGGUACAAGGACAUGGCCAAUUUAGCGAAGAAUAACGUAGUAGAGCACAUGAUAAAUAAUUCAACCCUGAGCCCUCUCGCGAAUGCGAGUGUCAGCGGCUCGGAGAUGCGAUUUGAGCCGGUGAAGAGGGAAGACGCUGGAUUAUACUCUUGCAAAGCAGUCAACGCUAUUGGAGAAAGUUCUCCAGCAAACUACAGACUCGAUGUUCAAUAUGGCCCGCGAUUAAAAAUGAGUGGAAAACUGAAUGAAACUCGAAGUGAAGUAGAAGCAACAGCGCUUUUGUCAUCGACAGUGGAGGCUUUCGAGUGUGACGAAUUCGAAGCCAAUCCACCGGCGCGUUACAAAUGGCUGCACGUGAGAGGAAGCAUUUCUGGGCCUGUCGAUAAUGCAAUCGACGAGAAAUCUAGUGCAAACGAUGGACGAGUAUUGAGAAUGAGAAAUGUCGUUUGGUCGGACGAGGGUGAAUACCGCUGUGUCGCGUUCAACGCCAUCAACGGGGUGCGACGAGAGAUGACGUCGGAGACGCGAUUUCUCCUUCACAUUUCCGGCCCACCGGAGAUUCAGACGAGGGCGACGGACAAGUUCGCGGAGAAGGGGAUGUUCGAGUCGGUGGGGUGGGCCGGGGAGCCUGGCCAUCGGCUCAUGGCGAGGUUCUGCUCAAGACCACCACCGAGACUCGUCGCCUGGCAGUGGGGGAGCUCGCACAUUCGUGCUGGUGAAGUCAUAGAGCCAAAGUACGAAGCACUUCCACUGGAGCCAAUAACCGAAAAUUCCGAGUUGACGAAUUGUUAUUGGGCCAAACUGGAGAUAAGAAAUCUCCAGAAGGAGGAUGCGCGAGUUUACAGUCUCUUAGUUGAGAGUGAGAAGGGACGAGAUUCGAUGAGCCUCAGACUGAUAGUGAGAGAUCCCACGGAAAUGAAGAUCAUAGCGAUCGCCUCAGGUGUGGGCCUGCUGCUCCUCCUCGCGAUAAUUGCGCUGGUGAUUUAUUUGCUGUUGAGGGCGAGGCAUCGCCGCUACUGUAAGGAUCGCGAGGAGGAGGACGAGGAGGAGGGGAGCAUCGCUGCUGACGCUUUUUACGCGACACCGGCGUCGAUAAAUCGGUCGCAGAAGAGUCAGCCGGCCCCGAAAGUCUACUCCAGAAAACAUCCCGAUGGGGGUCUGGCUGUCAUGUACGAUUACAAUCAGAUCGCCAGGCAGACGCAGACCAUGAGCCCCGAAGCGCUGAAGGUCCGGCGGGCACCGGCGGUCCUGCAGGCCCCGACAAUUGUUUGAAGAAUUCAGUAACGAAGCGGUAAAACGGUUCAAGUCGACUUAGCUCUCUACUGAU